AUGUUCCGCAACACUCUCGCCAAGUCCUCCAUCCUUCGCUCAGUCGCUGCUCCUGCCGCUAAGAGACACCUUGCCUCAGUCGCUCCCUUUUCCCAGCCCACCAAGUAUGGUGGCAGAUACAACGUCACCCUUAUUCCUGGUGACGGUAUUGGUGCUGAAAUCACCGACUCUGUCAAGACUAUUUUCAAGGCUGAGAAUGUCCCCAUUGACUGGGAGGAAAUCGAUGUUCACGGUGUUGGUGACUCCUCCGAGGGUAUUAACGAGGCCAUCCUUUCCCUCAAGAGAAACAAGGUCGGUCUUAAGGGUAUUCUUUACACCCCCAUUGAGAAGUCUGGUCACGCUUCUUUCAACGUUGCUCUCCGUCGCGAACUCGACAUUUACGCCUCUGUCGUCUUGAUCAAGAACAUUCCAGGUGUCACCACCCGUAUCAAUGGCAUUGACAUGGUCCUUAUCCGUGAAAACACUGAAGGUGAGUACUCUGGUCUCGAGCACCAGUCCGUCCCCGGCGUUGUUGAGUCCCUCAAGAUUAUCACCAAGUACAAGUCUGAGCGCAUUGCCCGCUUCGCCUACGACUUUGCCCUUAAGAACAACAGAAAGAAGGUCACUGCUAUUCACAAGGCCAACAUUAUGAAGCUUGCUGAUGGUCUUUUCCGUGCCACCGUUAGAGAGGUUGGUGAGGACUACCCUGGUGUUGCUUACUCCGACAUGAUUGUCGAUAAUGCCUCCAUGCAGGCUGUUUCCAGACCCCAACAGUUUGAUGUUCUCGUCACCCCUAACCUUUACGGUACCAUUCUUGGUAACAUUGGUGCUGCCCUUGUUGGUGGCCCCGGUCUUGUCCCCGGUGUCAAUCUUGGCCGUGAGCACGCUCUUUUCGAGCCCGGCUGCAGACACGUCGGUCUUGACAUUAAGGGCAGAAACGAGGCUAACCCCACUGCCAUGAUCCUUUCUGCCUCCAUGAUGCUUCGUCACCUUGGUCUUGAUUCCCACGCUGACAGAAUCUCUAAGGCCACCUACGAUGUCAUUGCCGCUGGUGCCUUCAAGACUAAGGAUCUUGGUGGCAGCACCGGUACCUCCGAGUUCACCAAGGCUGUCCUUGACCAGCUUGAGAAGCUGUAA